UUGUCAAAAUAUCAGCCGGUGAUCACUGUCUCUUUACAUUUUCCGACGGUUUUCCUUCUAAUUUCGGUCUCGAAAUUAGUCGAAAUUUAGUUAAAACUUGCAAUAUUCGAGCUUCAGUUUGAGAAUAAAUUCAACACGGUUUUAAAAUAGUUCUCCUAAGUAGCAGUGAAAAGCAGGUAAAGACUCUUUUGAGUGCUGGAACAAGCUUCCCCCGCCGCCCCCCCCGCGCCACCAUGCCCCGCGCGCCCGCCCGCCGCGCGCCGCCUCAGCCAAUCACAACCUUCCUCAACACAUAGGGCUGCCACAAACCACAGCUGGUCUAGUGAUCUAGCUCAUAACUAGUGCAAUUCAUUAUUUAUUCUUUAAUUUGUUACAAAGUGAUAUUAGUGUUAUAAAGUUAUUUUUUAAGAAUAGUGCUGUGCCAUUGUUUGGAUGUUAAAAUGUGGGUGCUAAGUGUGGUGUGCGCGGCGACGGUGGCGACCCUGGCGGCCGCCGCGGACCGCACGCAUCUGCCCCCCACUUGUGAUAGUGUGAUCUACUGCCACGGGCCGCUGCUGGACACGGUGCAGAUGGCGGGGCUCUACAACGACUCCAAGACCUUCGUGGACAUGAAGAUCAAGGUCUCGCAGGACGACACGCUCAACCACUUCUACGACAUGAUGAACAGGACGGGGUCGCGGCCCACCAAGGCGGACGUGCAGGAGUUCGUGUCGCAGAACUUCGACCCCGAGGGCUCCGAGUUCGAGGACUGGCGCCCCCCGGACUGGAAGGAGAACCCCCAGUUCCUGUCGCGCAUCAAGGACCCCCUGCUCCACGCGUGGGCGGCCGACCUGCACCGGCUGUGGCUGGUGCUCGGCCGCAAGAUGAAGCCCGAGGUGAAGCUGCAGCAGCAGCUCUACUCCAUCAUCUAUGUGGACAACCCCGUCAUUGUGCCCGGCGGUCGUUUCCGCGAGUUCUACUACUGGGACUCGUACUGGAUCAUCCGCGGGCUGCUGCUGUCGGAGAUGCGCGACACGGCGCGCGGCAUGCUCUCCAACUUCCUCAACAUCGUGGAGAGGAUCGGCUUCAUCCCCAACGGGGGGAGGAUCUAUUAUGCUAUGAGGUCGCAGCCGCCCCUCCUCAUCCCCAUGAUGCAGACCAUACAGGAGGAGCGGCCGGACCUGCCGUACCUGCGCCAGCACAUACACACGCUGGAUCGAGAGUUCGACUACUGGCUCACCAACCACACCGUGGAGGUGGAAGUUGGCGGACACAAAUACAAGCUAGCGCGGUACAACGACAUGUCGCAAGGCCCGCGACCGGAGAGCUACAAGGAGGACAUCGAUGUGGCCAGACACCUGGAGACCACUGAGAAGAAAGAAGAGUUAUAUGCGGAGCUGAAGGCGGCCGCGGAGUCCGGCUGGGACUUCUCCUCGCGCUGGUUCAUACUCAACGGCACCAACAAGGGCAACCUGACGAACCUGAAGACACGGUCCAUCGUCCCGGUGGACCUCAACGCCAUCUUGUGCUGGAACGCGCGCCUCAUGGCUGACUUCCACCAGAGACUCGGAGACCCCGCUAAAGCGGAGUAUUAUAGGGCACUGCAUGAGCAGUGGGAGACCGCUAUACAUGAGGUGCUAUGGCACGAGGACGUGGGCGUGUGGCUGGACUACAGCCUGGCAUCGGGGCGCCGCCGAGACUACUUCUACCCCAGCAACGUGGCGCCGCUGUGGACCGGGGCCUACAGCCAGGAGAAACGGGAUUAUUACGUCAGCCGGGUUAUUAACUAUCUGGAUAAGGUUAAGGUGGACAUCUUCGAGGGCGGCAUCCCCACGACCUUCGAGCAUUCGGGCGAGCAGUGGGACUACCCCAACGCCUGGCCGCCGCUGCAGUACAUGGUGGUGAUGGGUCUGCACAAGUCGGGCUCGGCGGCGGCGGCGCGGCUGGCGGGCGAGCUGGCGGCCAAGUGGGUGCGCAGCAACCUGCGCGUCUGGAGCCGCCACCGGGCCAUGCUCGAGAAGUACGACGCGACGAUCUUCGGCGGUCUGGGCGGCGGCGGCGAGUACGUGGUGCAGACCGGCUUCGGCUGGACCAACGGAGUCAUCCUCGAGCUGCUCAACACCUACGGAGACGUGCUGACGGCAUCAGAGGCGUUCGGCUCGGGAGCCCCCUCCUCGGGCGUGGUGGGCGCGCAGCUGGGCGGGGGCGGGGGCGUGGCCACCGCGCUGCUGGUGGGCGUGGCGUCGCUGGUGGCCACUGCGCUUGGUGUGGUGGUGUACCGCCGGCGGCGCGGCCUGCCCCCGCGCGCGCCGGGCGAGGUGUCGCGGCUGCUGGCGCGAGGCAAGCGCUACACCGAGCUGCGCAGCCUCAGCGGGGCCCCGGCGCGCCAGCGGUGAGCUCAGACCAACAUACCAGG